UGUCGAAACACGUGUAUUAUGCAGUGUGCAUGUGCAUUGAUGGGAGCAGAAAGUUACUAGAGACGAUUUUGGAAUUUUUCUCUGAUCUUUAUCAAAAUGGAGCAUAAGAAAAAGAAAUAUUCAGAUAAGAAAUAUAAUAAACGGAGUCAUCUGGAUGAGAAAAAGGUGACAGAAGCAGUAGCGGCUCUGUUGGCUUUCCACAAGAAGCGUGAUGAGGGUAAGGAGGCAUCCCAGGCCUUGCUUCUCAAUGAGGCAAGUGAGAUCAAGAUCAUCAUCUCAGUCUGGAAGAUUGUCGGCAAGAAGGCCAGGACAUUUGAAGUAACUGUCCCACAUACAUUGCGGACUCCAGAAACAGAGAUUUGUCUUUUCGCCAAAGACGUUGACAGGUUGGAUCAGGAUGCCACUGUUAGACACUACAAGGAACUGCUUCAAAAUAAAGGGGUCACAGAGGUCAAUGAGGUGAUGCCUCUACAGCAACUCAAGAAGGAGUUCCAGAUGUUCACCUCCAGACGCCAGCUCGCCAAGAGAUACGACAUCUUCCUUGCCGAUGAAAGAAUCUUCCGGUUACUCCACACUCAUCUUGGGAAGGAGUUCUACAAAAGGAAAAAGUAUCCAGUGCAGGUUGAUAUGACCAAGAGGAACUUGAAGAAGGAGGUUCUGAAAGCAAUUGAUACUACAAGAUUUAUUCUUACAAAUCGGGGAAACACAAACCACAUGACCGUCGCUAACACCCACAUGUCGCUGGAGCAGAUCGUUGAGAACACGAUGGCUGCUGUUCAAAGUGUCACCGCCAAGAUCCCGAUGGGCUGGAACAACCUCAAGGCCCUGUACAUCCGCACUGAUGAGUCUGUUUCCCUACCUGUGCACACUUCAUUGGUGUUCAAAGAAUGGGAGAGAAAAACCGGCCUUGAAAGCAAUGACAUUUGGCGAUUAAAGAAACAGUUGCAGGUCACCAAGAGAUCAACCCGUAAGGGAGAGAAGGUCCUUCCAUCGGCCGAGCAAGUAGCAGAGUCAAUGAAGCUGCUCUCUCGCAGAGAGAAGAAAGCUGCUGCCAAGAAAGUCAAAGAAGUGUCCGACAUCAAAUCUGACGACGUCACCGGGGAGAAGAUGGCGACAAAACGCAAGGCUGCACCCGAGGAGGAGGAAGAAGAAGACCUAGAGGAUGUUGUCACGCCAGCGAAGAGCACUCUCAAAGAGAAGCCCAGAAAGGCAGCAACAUCUUUGAGAAAGACCAGAGCAAAGAUGAGCUCGCCAGGUAAACUACCGGCUAAGAGCUUCUCUGCUAAGAAGGCAAAGAGGAAGUAAAUAUUAAAAGAGUCCUGCCGUCGAUUUCAUAAAGAGUUAGGACUCAUCUUAUCUCGAGUUAGGGUGAGUAACUCGUCCUAACUUAGGAUUAAUCUUAAGGUCUUCACGCUUCAGUGCAGGUUUGGGACCUCUAAGUCAUAAGAUUAGUCCUAAGUUAGGAAGAGUUUUGUGAAAUCGUCGGCUGGGGUCGAUUUCAUAAAGAGUUAUGAAUACUCCUAAUACAUUAGGGUUAAUUUAGGACUUGUCCACGAAGAUAUUAAAAACUUAAUGCUAGUCUUAGGACGAGUUUCUUGUCCUUUGUGAAAUUCACCCCGGAAGAUGCAUACUUUUCUAAAACUUGAUAGACUUUGAAGACACUGGACACAUUUGGUAAUUGUCAGAGACCAGUAUUCUCACUUGGUUCAUCCCAACAUAAUAUGCACCAAAUAAAAAAUUGGUGAAAAGUUUUACUCAAUUGCAAGAGAGUUAUUCAACAAGUUGUGUGCUUUGAGCUGCCUGAAGUCCUUUAAUAUUUGAGUGAGAAAUGACCGCUUUCUCAAAAA